AUGAAGGCGCACAAGAGGCAGCGUCAGGACUCGGGUGAUGCCACGAAUGUGCUGGAUGUGACUGGGUUGCUGGAGGGCGGUGUUGCUGGUCUGCUGGCUGACAAGAACGAGAAUGGCCAGCAGGGCGGUAUUAUCAGCGGAAAGGUGAUUGAUCCGGCUCUUUCAGGUGCUCUGGAGACCGGAAACCAUCGACAUCAGACGGGAAAUACUGAGAAAGAUCUUGGUGGUCUUGAGUCGGAUGCUAAUAGUAGACAUGGCAGGGACAUGGAGAAUCACGACGACGAAGCAAGAUUGAGAAUCGCCCUGGAACAACAUAAUGCUGUGGCAGCUUCUGUUGGUGUUGGAGUUGGUGCUGAUGUUGAUGUGGUCGACACUACGGGCUCGGAUCCAGCUUCGAGAAUUCUGUCUUCUUCUCAUGGUACAGGUGUUCUUGGCGUUCCGAGAACUGCAGCUCUGGCAGUAGCCAACGCCAUUAAUGGGACGAAUCCGGCAGUUGGUUCACGAUCUAACUCUGGAGGUAGCUCGAUCAGAACCAAUCUGGACCACCCACAAGUGGCUGAUCAGUCUGUUGGUCAACGGAGUGAAGAAGCACAAACCAGUGAUCAGAAUUCCCAGAAUGAGCUCAUGGUGGACUUUUCAUUUGGGCCUAAUGGCGAACCUAUAGACCCGAAAAAGGUUUGUCAGUUCUGUGGACGCAUGUUCUCGCAUCCAGGGUCUCUAGGUCGACAUUUGGAUUUGAAAAGAGGCAACAGGCUUCAUCCUGCAGCACUAGUUGACAGGAUUCGUGGAGAUGUCAAAAGGAGAGGUGAUCCUGUAGAGGUGAAAAACCGCCGUGCCCAACGAGCCAGGCUUUAUAAUUCUCGAGAAGAUGUCAAACAACGAGCCAAACUUCGUCGUAAAGAACGAGAAAAAACCGAAUCUGCUCGUGCUGUGGCCCGUCUAAAUUUCAUCCAGAGACUGGGGUUCCCACCACAAGCAGGUGAUGAUGGUGCUAAAGUCCUGGAUCCUACCAUGAUUGACACUCACGAUAGCAGUUCUGUUCUGGCUGCUGGUAAUGGCACUGGAACUGGUUCUGGUUCUGGCAGCAGCGGUACUGGUGGCUUGGUAGUUGAUCGUACUGAUUCAAACUCUCUUAUAGGAUCUGUGGACAUUUUGUCGAAGAAAUAUCGUUCGUCGUUUGCAUAUUUCACCCUCUUCUUUCUACAGUCUAAUGCCUGGCCGUAUGGCAAUGACCUGCCUUCGGAAGAACACUAUAAUCAAGUCUCUACUGUGCUUGCUACUGUAGUUGAGCCUCUGGAUCCUGAAACCGCUGCUAUCUACCGAGUAAAGCUGGAUGUCGCAUAUCAAGAAUGGGCAAAACUGGGUGAUGCUGACAAACGGGCUAUCUGGACCUUGUGUCUUCGUCGCAUCCUCGAGUCUACUCUUGGAUCGUUUUCUCCUUAUAACAUUGCUACAAGAGACACCUGGCUUGCUCUUGAAGAAGACAGGAUUCUCGACCUCUCUUCUGCCGCCGACUCUCCCUCUGCUACCGCUGUCACCCCGACCACUCAGCACGACCCAUCCGACGCAUCGCCCCAAGAUAUGGCUGUUGCGUUCGCCAGUGCUGCCGUCACCAGCGGCUCACCCUUAUGA